AUGGGGGAUAAUCCACCUCCUCGGGAAGCCACGGUUAACAUUACCGAUGACAAAAAUAGAGGCAUACGGGAUUACGCAACUCCCGAAUUUGGUCAAUUGGCCUCGGGAAUUGGUAGGCCCGAAAUGACAGCAACAUCUUUUGAACCCAAGCCGAUAAUGUUUCAAAUGAUUUCCGCUAUGGGUCAGUUUGGGGGAUUAUUUUCGGAAGAUCCGCACUCUCAUUUGAAAUCUUUUAUUGAAAUGACGGAUCAUUUUAAAAUUCCCGGAGUUACUCAAGAGGUCUUACGCUUGACACUUUUCCUUUAUACAUUGGAGGAUAGAGCUAGAGCAUGGCUAAAUUCUCAACCACCAAACUCGAUCCUUACUUGGAAUGAUUUGGUGAAAAAAUUUCUAAAGAAAUACUUUCCUCCGACGAGGAAUGUAAAAAUUAGAAAUGAGAUUAUGACGUUUCGCCAAGAAGAACAUGAAGCGGUAUCGGAUGCAUGGGAGAGAUUCAAGGACCAUCUUAGGAAGUGUCAUCACCACGGAAUCCCUCAUUGUAUUCAAUUGGAAACCUUUUAUAAUGGACUUUCCAGUGCCCCUAAGAUUAUUCUUGACGCAACGGCCGGUGGCGCUUUCACAGCUAAAAUCUACGAGGGGUAUGACAUUUUGGAACGAAUUUCUAAUAGUAAUACUGAAUGGUCUAACCCUCGUGCUGUUGUUUCUAAAUCUGCGUCGAGAAUUCAUCAACUUGAUGCCAUUGCUUCUUUAAAUGCUCAAAUUGUUACUUCAACUAAUUUGGUUAAAAACAAUUUAAAUUUGAAUGGGGAAAAGAGUCAAGUGCAAUCCGUAAUGUCCAAUUCUUCCAUGACCGAAUCUUGUGUUUUCUGUGGUGAAAGUCAUUCUUAUGAGUUUUGCCCCAGAAAUCCCGUUUCGGUAAAUUAUGUUGGGAACCAUACAAGAAAUAGCCCAUUUUCUCCUACGUACAAUCCAAAUUGGAGAAAUCAUUCGAAUUUUUCAUGGGCCGAAAAUUUGGGACUUCAAGCCCCGGGGCAACUCAAGUCCAAAACCGACCUUCAAAUCCCCCGGGAUUUCAUCAAGGUGGUCAUCACAUGCAAGGGUAAUGGUUCACUCGAAUCUUUACUCAAAGGUUUUAUAAACCAAACCAAUGCCACCUUGAGGAAUUUUGAGACCCAACUUGGCCAAUUUGCCGCGGAUCUCAAGAAUAGACCUCAAGGAACUUUGCCUAGUGACACGGAAACACCUAAGGAACAUGUUAAGGCCGUGACUUUAAGAAGUGAUAAGAACUUGGGAGACUCUAAUGCCGCAAAGGAAACACCUAGUAAACCGAUUUGUCAAGAAAAUAUUUCACAUUCUUUUGACACAUCGAAAUUUUCAGUUCUGUUUCCUACAGUUGAAGUAACACAGAAUCCUGUUUCUGUUCCAGAAAUAGCAGAUUUGCCUAGUUCCAGCACCACCCAGUCUCCACCUGACACUGCUUACAGUGGGCAGAAACUGCCCACACCCCAACAGAAAAAGAUCGGUCCAACAGAUUUAGAUAUGAGAGAUUUACCUUUUCCAGGUAGGAUGAAAGCCAAAAAUAUGGAUGUGCAGUUUAAGAAGUUAUUGGACAUCUUUAAGCAACUCCACAUUAACAUACCUUUGGUAGAAGCUCUCGAGCAAAUGCCUAGCUAUGUUAAAUUUUUGAAAGACAUCCUUAAUAAGAAAAGAAGAUUGAGUGAAUUUGAGAACGUGUCUUUGACAAAGGAAUGUAGUGCCCUUCUUACUUGCAAAAUUCCCCCAAAAUUAAAAGACCCGGGAAGUUUCAUAAUCCCGUGCUCUAUUGGAGGGAAAGAAGUAGGUCAUGCCUUGUGUGACAUUGGGGGAAGUAUAAAUCUCAUGCCUUUGUUCAUUUUUAAUCAGUUGGGAAUUAGGGAAGCUCGACCUACCAUCGUGACUUUGCAACUAGCGGAUAGCUCCUUAACAUAUCCAAAAGGAAGACCCUUUCUUGCUAUGGGUAGGACAUUGAUUGAUGUACAAAAGGGAGAGUUGACCAUGAGAGUAAAUGACCAGCAGGUGACUUUCAAUGUGUUUAAGACUCUUAAGUUCAAUGAGAAAAUUGAGGACUGUUCGUCUAUUUACUCAGUAGGUGAAGAUUUAGAUCUAAGUUUGAUCGACUGUGUCCACAGUGGAGACACUGUGGGCACGAUAUAA